AUGCCGGCAGUCGAGCUGCGUGCUGCAGCGCCGUAUCCAGCGACAAAUGACCCUACCCCCAACCCACUCCCUUCCCUUCUACACACCCCAUCAGGCCUGGCAAUUGUGGAGAUACAAGGCACAAUCCACGGAUCUUUCCAGGACCUCGCGACAGAGGAUGUCACCCAGUCACCAGCUGUGCAUCCUAUAGGCCGCCUCGAAUUCCCACUGCACAAGCCCCAAGAAGCCGACGAGGGCAAGUGGAUGAAGAAAGUCUACCUGUACGUUGGCAGGCACCAAAGGUUAACCGGUGAGGUCAAGAAGCUGGCAAAACCGCUGGCCGUUCUUCGAAAGGUCGAUGAGAAUGAACUAGGAAGUGAAAGCGAGAGUGGCGAAGCGCUGGAGAUUGUGGAUGUUGUCAAGUUUAAGCUGAUGUUUGGCGCGAGGCCGGAGCCAGUUGGAGAGUGA